GAAGCCAAUGUACAAAUCGAAAAAGAUAUAUUGAAACAAAGGAAGUGGAGAACAAUACACAAUCCAUUGGGUUUCCUGAAACCAAAUCGAGUCAGAAGAGGUCGUAAUGGUUUCGGUUAACUAAAACCAUUAAGCUUCAUAGUGGUUCGAUUUUUCAAGGGAAUGACUUGUUUCAAUUAUUCGGUUUAGAUUCUCGAUUCAGUUUAACUGAGCCAAUAUAUCGACCCUUGAGCCAACUUAUAUAUUUACACAUGUUCACAAAACUGGUAACUUAUAUAUUUACACAUGUUCACAAAAAGAUUUGUAGAGAUAAUCCCUUACUUGUUGUGACAAAAUUGUUAUAUUUGAGUUUUCACCCUACUAAUAAUUUUGAGGAAGAAAUCACAUAUUGGUUAUCCUAUGAUACUUUGGAGAUGAACAUUUCGGGAUAUUUUUUUUAACAUAUUAGAGUAUAUUGUUGGUUCAUUAUCGAUAAAUCGACAAAAAGAAAAAAAACUCAUACGGCAUGUAUAGGGUUGUGUGAAAAAAACUAAGGAAGAAAUUAAAAGAUUUAGAAAAAAAAUUGCUAAAAAUAAUGGCUAGACUUUCGAAAUACGUCUUCCCACGUGUAGUGAGAUGGUUCUUUUAUUGUUAUAGGUCUUUAAUUUGUUGAAGUUUUUUCAUGUUCAAGUUAUAAUGACUAAUGAGUAAAGAUGGCAAACCAAAAAACUUUGAGUUGCUAAGCUUGCCUUGGUGGUUGGUGCAAUGAUUCAACCGAGUAAUUUUACAAUACUAUAUAGUAUCUGUAUGAGUGCUAUAAGUUUUUGCUUUUAUAGUAUAACUUGAAAUUGUACCUUUAACGUUAUGGUACAACUUUAAAUUGUACCUAUAUUUUUUGCACAAAUUCUUUUAUGGUACAACUUGUACUUGUACCUUUAUGUGAUGGUGGAACUUCAAGUUGUAAAGUUGUACCAUAACAUAAUGAUACAAAUUGCUUUAUAGUACAACCUAAACUUAUACAUUUAAUGUUAUGGUACAACUUCAAAUUGUACAUUAAAGCACCAAUACUAUAUAUAUGAGGUCGUUUGGAUGUGGAAAUUUGAAAACGUUGGAAUUUGUCUGAAUUUCCAUGUUUUACAAAACCAAGGAAUUGACUUGUGGAAAUUAAAAAAAAUUUCACUUUUGGAUAGGGUUUAGUUUUGUGGGAAUUGAUGGUGUGGAAUUUGGAAAAAGAAGUAAGAAAACGUGGUAAUGUCAAAUUACUAGGGGGAGGUGUAGUAUUCUCAAUUACCAUGAAUGUGGUAAUUGAAGCCAAUUUCCAUGGUCCAAUUCCCAUACCCUUUUUGCUCUCCCAAACGUGGGUUUUAAACCCAAUUACUGCAUUAUGUGGUAUUUGGGUCCAAUUACUACAUUGCAUUUCCACGUCCAAACGACCCCAUAGCAUAGUAGAAGUGCUCUGAUUCAACCACCUUCGUCUUUCCUUAUGGCUGGCCUAGCCCUCUCAGCUAUUAAUCUUGUAAGGUGAAGAUAUAAAUGGUUGAUAUUUCUGGAGAUAACUCACAUGUCACAAGCAAAAUCAAUUAAAGUCUGUUUGGAUGCGGGAUUUCGACGGAGGAGUUUGUAAGGGAUUUGAGUACAAAUUUCGCAUUGAAAAUGUCGGGGGCUUUGUACGAAAUAACUUGAAUUGAGACGCAAAAGUUGAACCGAAAACCUCAAAUUACAUUAUUUUCCUCUUCUUCUGCACUUGGUCAUCUUCCCUUAUGUUAUUCAUUUCAUUAUUUUUCCUUGUUCAUCUCUAGGAAAAGCUCCCCGGUCUACAAUGGAAUCGAUGGCGACGAGACCCAUCCUCGCAGCCUAAACAAUUCUUCUCCACCGGUGGGAUUGUGAGCGACAGUAGAGGGCGAUAUCAAUCUCUCAGUCUCUCAUCUAUAUAAGAUUGUUCAUCCAGUUGGAGGAUUAAUUAGAACUUUAAUAGAGGUAGUUGGGUAGGAUAGAGACUAAAGUGACUGGAUUAGGAUAUUUAGCUCGCAACAGAGUUGAGGUUCAUGAUUAAUGUGAUAUCAACUUCUUAUAUAAUUUAGUGGUUGGAUUGUUGUGAUAUAAACUUUGUGAUGAAUAUUGUUCACUCCACUCCAUGACUUAUUAACUAAACAAUAAAUGUAACUCAAAUUUGGUCACCUAAUCUAUUAUGAACAAAGAACUUUUACCUCAAUUCCCUCUUUCUAACCACUUCUUAUAGUUUUGACCCAAAACAUGCUUCCCAUAAUUCUUUCUUUUUAGUUAUUAGUUUUUAGGGUAAAUACAAUUUAAUAUCCAAACCUUUCAUUUUAAACAAUAUAAUAGCCAAACCUUUUCAAAAACAAUUUAAUAUCCAAAUCGUCAACUUUCUGUCUGUUUGACCGUUAGUUGACACUUAAAAAAAGUUCAAAGCACGACACUUCAUCAAUAUCCAUCGAUAUCUUCUCGGAAAAACCACCAACAUAUCGUAGUUCCAAACCCGAGAAGUCCAUGACUCCACCAUGAUGGUAUAGAAUAUCUAAAUAUUCAGUCAUCUGCAAUGCCAAAACAAGAAACCAAAGUUGUAUUGUGACAAUUCCCCCUAAACAAAGCUUUUUUGAAGUGUCAACUAACGGUCAAACGAACAGAAAGUUGACGAUUUGAAUAAAAAAUUGUUUUCGUAAAGAUUUGGCUAUUACAUUAUUUAAAAUGAAAGAUUUGGAUAUUAAAUUAUAUUUACGCUAGUUUUUAUCCUUCUUCUUUUGAUACUAUUUCUUAUGAUGAAAACCUGCCCUCUUCUCUGUUUUCUUUCUCUUUUUAACUUACUUUUUCUAUUUGCAUGGCCCUAUCACAUCCAGCAUCGUGCAAGUUAGGCUCUCCAUUACCAUCAUCAUCAAUUAUUACCCAUCAUUACAAUUUGUAAUUUAGGCAUUUGACACACACUUAACAAUGGAAAAGCAAAAGAAAAGAGAGCUUAGCAAAGGAAUAUGAAGGGAUCAUGGCACACAGGGUGAUUCCAAGAACACAGUUUUGAAGCUCCAUUGGUAAACCAUGGUUCUUAAAUAGUGAAUUUUGAACCAUGCAUGCUUUCUUUCGAUAAAAGCAAAGAUGGAGACUUAACAUGGAACAUAAUGGAUGGAGCAGAUCAGUUCUAUUUGAUUUUGAUGCUCCUAAAUUCUCUUUUGAUAUAUAUAAAUUGCUUUUCUUUUCCCACAUGCAUAGCCAACAAAUUGGUCAGCCAGAUUGGAAUCAUUAGCAGAAUAAAGCUAUUAGUUCUUUAAUUGAUUCUUCCAAGGGCAUUUCAUUUUUUUAAUAGAAGAAGACUUAAUAGGGUUUUUUCUAGACAUGAUCAUAAGUAGCUACAUGAUCUAUCUCCUUUAAGUUUGCAGAUUGGUUAUUACACUGGUUACCCCCAGUCAACUAGCAUCCAGAAUAGCAGAAUUGGGACAAAGAAGAAGGGCUGUUAAGUCAUUUUAUCACACAGGGUAUCAUGAACAUGACAGUGAUAGUCACAGAGUCACAGACCCACUUCCAGCCUAGAAAAUCCAAACCCAAAGAAAUCCACAGAUGACAGAACAUAAAGAAAACAAAAGGUAAAUAAUAAUUAAAUUGAACUCAGAAACUAUGACUUCUUCAAGCAACAAGAACAAGAGUUGAAAAUAAUACAAAAUAGAAAAUGUAAAGAGAAGGGAGGAAGAAGACUGAGAAAUCGAGAUGAUGAAUGGUGGGGGAGAUGGAGAAAUCAAAAGCAAGCAAAUUCCUCUCUCAGGACCCACAGUUCAAACAAUGAUCAAAAGCAUACAAUAGACACAGAAGCAAAACCCCUCCUGAGUCCUGACCCCAUCCACCACUACUCCAUUUCUUUGCUUGAUUGUUUGGCUUUUGCCCUUUUCCACUUUAAUAAAACAGUUGUGAAAAGAGAGAGAGAGAGAUAGAGAGAAGGGGGGAAAAGGAAAAGGGAAGAGGGCACACAACACCACCCUCCACUCAUUAUUCCCUCCCUGCAACUCAUUGUUCACUGGUUCCCUUGAUGCUUGACACCAGAGCUAUUUCAAUCAUUCUAGCCACUCCUGGAGACUUCAUAACCAUCAGACGGGAGAUGGGAUUUCUAAGAAUUCCUCAAAUUGCUUCUCUUUGGUGAGUUUUUAGCUUCUUGGGGUCUGAAAGCUUCGAACUUUAUGUUCUUUGGUGGACCAUUGGGCGGUUGAUCUGGUUUCUUGAUUGAUUGGAUAUGAAAGGAGGAGGAAGAAGCUCUGCAGUUGUUUCCAUGGUUUCUCUGAAUUGAGAUUCACUGCUGGGAAGAUAAAGCUUCUGUUUCACUUUCAUGGUUGCAGUUGUAGGAAUUUGUUAAACUGUUGACUGCUGGUUUGUUAGGUUUCUGAAGUUUUACAUAGUGUUUUAUGCUUCUUGACUUGAUUUGGUGUAAAUGAGGUGAAAUUCUUCUUUAGACAUGGCUGAAGUUAAACUUACAAAGGUAGAGCCAGGGCACACCAAAAUUAGAAAUGUUCCAAUUGCUGUAACCCCAGAAGGGUUUUGGUGCUGUCCUUCCCCUGUAGGGUUUCAGAAAGCCACAAAACAUCAAAACCCAUUAAACAAAACCAAACUCUCUUCACCCCCUCCAAAGACAACCAUCCCAAAGAAGCAAUCUUCACAUAACAAUGAGAGAAGGUCACAGCCACCAAACCCCCCAAGAGCUGCAGUUGCUUCUGAUGAUCAUCAAAGAAGUUGUGGUGCUGAUGUACCUGCAGUUAGUGGUUCAGCUGGCAGUGAUAGAGGGCCGAGGACUAAAGUUGAGAAUGCCCCUAGGAAGGUGGCUAUUGAGUUUGGAGAUCCUGGAACCAGCGACUUGAAGGUGAUCUUGCUCGGAAAGCAAAGUUUUUGUGUGAAGUUAACUGCCCACAGGAAUGUUCUGGUUGAGAAUAGCAGAUUCUUCGCUGAGAAGCUUUCCCAUGGCGAGUCUAACUUAUCAUAUCUGGAGGUUGAUGAUUGUGAGGACAUUGAGAUAUAUGUUGAAACUGUGGGACUUAUGUAUUGCAAAGAGAUGAAGCAAAGAUUGAUCAAGCAGAGUCUGACUCGCGUGCUUCGAAUACUCAAGGUUGCUGAACUUCUCGGCUUCAGUUCAUGCAUACAAUCAUGCUUGGAAUAUCUAGAAGCUGUCCCUUGGGUUGGCCAAGAGGAAGAAGAAAAAGUUGUCUCCACAGUUCUUCGACUCCAGAACGAGGGUUUCGAAGUAUCACCAAUACUAAAACGAGUCUCUUCCCAUGCUUCUGCCCCACCUAAAGACACACUGCCCCGCAUAGUAGAACUCGUUCUCAAAAGCAACGAGGAGAGAGGGCGUCGUGAGAUGAAAUCUGUAGUCCUGAAGCUUCUUCGAGAGAACAACAACAACAGCAACCUCCCAAGCUAUGCAGCUGCCACAGAUGUAUGCAACGAAACUCUUUACAGCUCGUGUGCAAGUUGUUUGAACUCACUGCUAUCUUUGUUCAACCAAGCUUCCGAGCCUGAGUUCACUGGCAAGCCUAUGGAGAACAAGGAACCUGUUUUGAAGCAAAUAGCUUUUGAAUCCGACAACCUCUCGUGGCUGCUCGACAUUCUAGCUGACAGACAGGCAGCAGAUCGGUUUGCUGUAAUGUGGGCAGGACAAGUGGAGCUAGCAGCUUUGCAUGCAAGCCUCACAGUAUCGACUCGGUACCAUGUUAGCUGCAUCACUGGAAGGUUGUUUGUUGGCAUUGGAAAAGGGGAGCUUUUGCCAUCUAAGGACACUCGUCAGUCCUUGUUGGAGACAUGGUUGCAGCCAUUGAUCAAUGACUACAGCUGGUUGACUCACGGCUGCAGAUCUUUCGAUAGGAAAGUUGUCGAAGAAGGGAUUGGGAGGACGAUACUCACACUUCCUUUGGAGAAUCAGCAGAGCAUUUUGCUUGCUUGGUUGGGAAGUUUCUUGAAGGCUGGUGAUAACUGCCCAAAUCUGCAGAGGGCAUUUGAGGUUUGGUGGAGGAGAUCCUUCAUCAGACCUUAUAGUGAAACUCAAGGUAGUGAUGAUAUUCGACUCCCGCAGCAGCCAGUUGAUUGUGCAGUGAUAUCAGAACAAUGAAACAUCUAUUGUAUCACUGGUUGAUGAAGUUUGUAUACUGCUGAAUGAUAUUUCUACAUGCUGUGGAAGAGUGUUUGUGCUGUCUUCUCCACUCAAACCAAUUUACCAGAACACCUUUCUAGGCUAUACAGUGAAGUUGGCUAUUUGUGUUGAUGAUUCUACUUUUUAAAGUGUGCUGUGUGUAGAGUUAUUGCAAACUCUGCUGAAUUUUGUGUUGAUUGCUCAAUGUAGGAAAAGUGCAAUGUACAUGCGAGUUAAGUACCAUAGCAGGGAAACAUGUGAGUGUCCUCUGCUAUAUAUACAAGUUCCUUUACUCGAUGGUUGGAGUUCUAGUGCAUAACCUAGCAUGGUUGGUCACUGACAUUACAAAAAACGUUCAAGUUUGGUCACUCAAAAUAUUUAAAUCCAUUGAUGGUACUUCAGUUUACUGAAACCGUUCACGUUUGGUCACUCUCCGUCCAACUCCGUUAACUUUGGCUGAUGUGGCAGUCAACUCUCAUAGUUGACCGUUAACUUAGUGACGUGGCAAUUAAAAAAUAAUAAAUAAAAUAAAAUUUAAUCUAUUUUAAUGUCCAACUCAUUUUUAGCAUAAAAUAAAUAAAUAUUAUAAUCUAUA